AUGCCUCGUUUCGGCUGGACACAGGCCGUGCUGGCCUGGUCGUCUUUCACUCUUGCGCAGCAUUCGUCUUCACCACCAGCAGAUAGUCUCGGCACUACGGUCUACGAGACAUCAACAACGGGCUCCAUAGCGAGUGCCACUGUCUCGGGGGCUACCAGCACAUAUUCUAUCCCAUUCACAGUACCCGCAUCUGCAGAUAUUGGUCCCAAUAUCCUCCCCAACAUCAAGGACCCGAACGCCAAGCAAGCACAGACGCUCUGUCCUGGAUACAAGGCGGGGAAUGUCGAGCACACGGAAAAUGGAUUCAAGGCCGUCUUGUCACUGGCCGGCACUCCGUGCAACGUCUACGGCACCGAUAUCGAAACCUUGGCAUUGGAGGUAGACGUGCAAAGCGAUCAUAGAUUGCAUGUCUCGAUUCAGCCCUACUACAUCUCCGAUAGCAACCGAACUCAAUAUCUUCUAAAUGAGGAUCUUGUGCCGUUGCCAGAAAAGGGCGAGGCAGACUCACAGGAUAUCGACCUCCAAUUCAGCUGGAGCAACGAGCCCUCCUUCAGCUGGGCCGUGGUGAGGAAGUCAACUGGAGAUGUGCUAGUUGACACUACUGGCAGCGUCCUCGUGUAUGAGAACCAGUUUGUGGAGUUUGUCUCUCAAUUGCCCGAAGACUACAACCUGUAUGGCAUGGGCGAGCAGAUCCGCGGGUUGAGAUUGCAGAACAACUUCACUGCAACCUUCUACGCUGCUGAUAUUGGGGAUCCUAUCGACCGAAACAUUUAUGGUGUACAUCCAUUCUACCUGGACACGCGUUACUUCGAGGUUGACGAAGAGACGGGGGCGCACACUUCUGUCGCCGGUGAAAACGCCACAGCACAUGGCGACUUUGUCGGCUACAGCCAUGGAGUCUUUCUGCGAAAUGCUCAUGGCAUGGAGGCCCUGUUCCAUCCCACAAACAUUACUUGGCGUUCGCUUGGAGGCAGCAUCGAUCUGUACAUCUUCGACGGCCCAACACAAGAAGCGGUAACCAAACAGUAUCAGCAGGGUGCGAUCGGUCUACCGGCUAUGCAGCAAUACUGGGCUUUUGGUUUCCAUCAAUGUCGAUGGGGCUACAAGAAUUGGUCAGAGGUGGAGGCUGUUGUGAGCAGCUACCGCGACUUCAACAUUCCACUCGAGACUGUCUGGACGGAUAUCGACUACAUGUUCCAGUACCGGAAUUUCGAGAAUGACCCAAAUACAUUCCCAUACCCAGAGGGACAAGAGUUCUUGGCCCGCCUACAUGCAGCUGGACAGCAUUAUAUACCCAUCGUGGACAGCGCGAUCUACAUCCCGAACCCGAACAACGCGUCCGACAAUUACUCCAUCUACACCGACGGAAAUGACAGAGGCGUCUUCCUCGGCAACCCAGAUGGGAGCCAAUACAUCGGCUCUGUCUGGCCUGGCUAUACCGUCUUUCCCGACUGGCAUGCCAAUCAAUCCGUCGCUUGGUGGACUGACAGCAUGGUGGGCCACCACAAGAAUAUUCCUUGGGAUGGUAUUUGGAUCGACAUGUCCGAAGUCUCGUCCUUCUGCAUCGGUUCUUGUGGCACGGGAAACCUGUCUCUGAAUCCCGUCCAUCCACCUUUUGGUCUCCCUGGAGAGCCAGGGUCUGAGAUCUUUGGAUAUCCUGAGGGCUUCAACUUGACCAAUGCCACUGAAGCAGCAGCAGCUGCGUCUCUUUCAGCAUCGCAAGACAGCUCUGUUGCCUUGGCCACGCCCACUGAAACUUCUACCACUGCAUACUUCGCUGCUCCAGCCAUCACCGCUGGAGUGCGGAAUGUGAAUACUCCGCCAUACGCCAUCAACAAUGUGCAGGGCGAUCUUGCCGUGCAUGCUGUCAGCCCAAAUGCGACGCACGUGGACGGCACUGAAGAGUACGACGUCCACAACCUGUUUGGUCAUCAGAUUCUCAAUGCCACAUACCAAGCUCUACUCGAGGUGUUCCCUGGAAAGCGUCCCAUGAUCAUUGGACGUUCCACAUUCGCCGGCAGUGGCAAGUGGGCUGGUCACUGGGGUGGUGACAACACAUCGCUGUGGGCAUACAUGUACUUCAGUAUCGCACAGGCUCUCAACUUUGGUCUCUUCGGCAUCCCGAUGUUUGGCGUCGACACAUGCGGCUUCAAUGGCAACUCGGACGAAGAACUCUGCAAUAGGUGGAUGCAACUGAGCGCCUUCUUCCCGUUCUAUCGAAAUCACAACACACUAUCGGCCAACUCGCAGGAGGCAUACGUGUGGGAGUCAGUUGCUGAUGCGUCUCGCAAGGCCAUGGCGAUUCGUUACUCGCUUUUGCCAUACAUGUACACACUCUUCUACCAAGCGCACACUACUGGAAGCACCGUCAUGCGAGCUCUCGCUUGGGAGUUUCCCAAUGACCCAACCCUAGCAGCUAUUGACAACCAGUUCUUGCUUGGACCAGGCAUUCUGGUCACACCAGUGCUCGGCCAAGGCAUGACCUCGGCUGCUGGCGUCUUCCCAGGUAUUGCGCAGGGAGAAGUCUGGUACGACUGGUAUACACAGGAAGCAAUCUCUGCUCAGCCUGGUGAGAAUGUCACCCUUUCAGCACCUCUCGGCCAUAUUCCAGUCCACGUACGCGGUGGAGUCGUCUUCCCCAAGCAAGAAGCGCUCUACACUACCGCAGAGUGUCGCAACAGCUCGUGGAGCUUGCUUGCUGCUCUGAAUGCAGAUGGCGCAGCCACUGGAACUUUGUAUGUAGACGAUGGUGAAAGUGUGUCGCCGAAUGCGACUCUCAUCGUCGACUUCACUGCAACGAAGGGAUCGCUCUAUGCAUCCAGGCGCGGCCUCUACAAAGAUACCAACCGCCUGGCCAACGUCGCUAUCCUUGGUGUGCAGAGCGAACCAGCUGAUGUUCAUCUCAACGGAGAAAGCUGCGCUGGGGUAGCAUACAAUAGCACAAGCAAGGUCCUACGUGUGACUGGUUUACAGAGUAGUACCGCAGCAGGCGCCUGGGCUGAAGAUUGGACUUUGACUUGGUCUUGAGGAUAUUGUCAAUUAGACAGUAGUCGUUGCUCGACAACGAACAAUCGACAGCGAAGAAUCGAGAGUAACAAAUCGAUAGAGAAAUCAAUAGCGAGCAAUCCAUAGCGAGUAAUCCAUAGCGAGCAAUCGAUAGCAAGAAAUUGAUAGCAAGAAAUUGAG